ACACGGAUCCCAACUAUGGAAGAUACGUCGGGGACGCGAGAGUCCCGGACCCGGUCGCGAGAGAGGGACCCAGACCGGCAUCCCCGCCGGGACCGAAACCGCCACCCCGAGCGACCGCGGGACAGCCACGCAGAGCGACCGCGGGACAGACCAGCGGAGCGGCGCAGAGAGAGAAACGGGGGCGGGCGGAGGGACGGGGACCGGAACAGAGGGAGGGACCGAGACCCCCGCCAGGACCUACACCAGCUCGGAGACUAUCACGCUGAUGAACCAAGAGCUUGGGGAAAAUCCCGCCAAAGUCAGGCGCGGGAAGCACCUCGGAGGCCGACCUGGGACGCAGCCCCGCCCCCCUGGCCUAGGGAAGCCGGGGAGCCGACGCCCUCCAGGAAGGAAGGCUUCGGGCGCCGCGCACCGCCAAGUGAACUCACUCUGGGGAGAUACCUGCCCCAGGAUGCCUGGCCUGGUGAAGAAGUAGAAUAUUACCAGUCAGAGGCUGAAGGACUCCUGGAAUGCCAUAAAUGCAGAUAUUUGUGCACUGGGAGAGGUGUGGUACAGAUAGUGGAGGUGAUACUGAAUGGGAUGGUUCUCAUAUGUAUCGUGGCCUCAUACUUUGUCCUUGCUGGAUUUAGUGCCAGCUUCACCCAUGGUGGCGGCUUCGGGAACAACUAUUACUCACCAUUUGAGGGCACGGAGCUGGAGCAGGUUCGGCAGCUGGACCAGAAGUAUGCGGUGCUCCGUGCCCCCCUGAUAUACGGCGGUGUGGCGGUUUCUCUGGGGCUGGGUGUCCUCACCAUGGGUGUCUUACUCCAAGGAUCCAAGAAUCCCUCCAGACUACCAAGCAAGUGGCUGUUCCUGGAGGUGGCGUUCAGCCUCCUGGCAGCAGCGGGCUACUGCAUAGGCAUUGGCUUUUACCUGCAUGGAGCACUGAAGAUCAAUGCCACAGACACUUGCAAAACCAGAGAGAGGCUCUAUGCCCGCAAGGGUCUCACCUGGAUGAACUGCCAGUUGGCGGGCACUGAUGGAGCAGCAGCCACCUUUGCUUGUCUGCUGGUGAUCAUGUAUAGUGCCAGUGUGGUGCUGGCCCUGCGGCGCUACAGAGAACAAAAACAUUACAAAGACAGCCAAGAACAGCAGCACAGUUGCACUGGUGCACCAGAAUACCUAUGGUCUGGAAUACUCUGAGAUUAUCUUCUGGUAUUGAAAUGUCAACUCAUCUCCCUUGUUUCUCUCAAAAAGAUGGGCCCUUUUAAGUCACACAGGAGACAAAUGGGUUUUACAUACUUGAUUUUGUAAGU